AUGGUUAAAUGGAAACUUUUGGCAUGCGUCCUCGUACUCCCCUCACUGAUGGUCAACUGGCGUGUGUCCCACAGCCGCACCGUAACCACCAAAAUCCCCGGAUUUGCUGACCAAAACGCGAUUAUUCGGGCUUUACAUGACCAGAUCAGCUUCAUUCAAAUAAAUCCAGUGGUUACAAACGUAUACCAGGUCCCAACCGACCCCGCGACAUACGAGGACGAAUUGUUCCUAAGCUCCAAGACGAAAGAUCCGAUUCAAACAUACGUGCUAAGCAAUGCGAUCACGAUCAUACCGGGGAUUGGCCCACGGGGCAGAAAACACAUCCAGUUCCAGAGCUGGCUGAGAAAUACCGAGUCUGGGGUCAAGACUUACGCUGAUGCACCAUUUGGUGUAUCUGUAAGAAGCCAGUGGAUGGUCCAGCCAGACACCACGUGGGGCGCAGAAGAACGUUCUGUGCUGACAGAAAUUUAG